AACAAGCUGCGCAGUGCCUGGCACACCUAACAGCUAGUACUAACUGAACAGCCUUGUCGAGUGUAACAAGCAUUAAUUAUGAUGGACCAUCGAAUCGCUGAGUUAUAAGGUGAAAACAACCCCUUUGUUACAAUGGGGAAGCUGAGGGCUUUUAUCAUUGAGUUGGACAACCCACAGGGCGUCUUUUUUGCCGGGAAUUGUGUCUCCGGGAGGUUGUAUAUUGAGCUGGAUGCAGAGAUGAACAUGAGGGAAAUAAGGUUGAAAUUCAAAGGAGCUACAAAUGUUUACUGGACAGAAUCACGCACCACAGGGACCGGAAGUAAAGCCGAAACGGUAACAGAUAGUUACAGUGCACACGAAACAUAUUUCGAACAACGUGUUCCAGUUUUUGGAAAAGGUGUUGGAAUGGGCAGUGAAAAUAGUUUACCCCCAGGGGAGCACUUCUUUCCAUUUUCCCUUCAACUGCCUCCUACCUUACCCUCGUCAUUUGAAGGCGGGGUAGGAUAUGUCCGUUAUACAAUCAAGGGGACCAUUGACAAACCCUGGAAGUUUGACCACGACACAAAAAGGCCUUUUACUGUCACGUCAUUAUUAGACUUGAACACCUAUCCCAACGCUACGAGUGAGGUAAGGAAUCUCCAUCAGAAAUACCUGUGCUGUUUGUGCUGUAGGUCCGGACCGAUUUCCGGACUAAUUAAAUUGGACAGAUCCGGAUACGUUCCUGGAGAAAUGAUACCAUUCAACGCUGAAAUUCAAAACAUGAGCUCGAGGGACUGUGCUCCAUCUCUCAAAUUGAAUAUGGUUACACUUUUCCACGCUACUACCAGUACAAAAACAACUUCACAGGAAAUCAUCAGAAUGAAUCACCAAGUCGUCCCCGCAGGAGAAACAGAGAUCUGGGCAGACCGAAUUCAGGUCCCUCCUUUGCCUCCCUCUUUUCUCAUGGGGUGCAGCAUCAUCGAUAUCAAUUAUAAUUUAGAGUUAACCAUUGCACCCUCUGGACCGGCUUAUGAUCUUAACGUUCCUGUGCCGAUCAUCAUUGGAACAAUACCGUUGUACUCUGUUGUCCAGCAAUACCAAACACAAUAUGAAACAUCUCUUCAAGAACAAGCACCUCCCUUUGCUCCGCCAGGCGCGGAAACCUCACUAACGCAACUACCCAUGCCGCCCCCUAGCUACAGUGAGUGUGUGUUCGGUAAAACCAACAUCCGGGAGGAAGACGACUCCGAACACACGCGGGGAGAAAUGGACUACGCCCCGGCCUACACCUAUUAUGACUGGUCCAAACAGUCUCAGUUCAAUUUAAAAAUAUGAUUUAUAACAAUCAUAUUUCUAAGCUGACAGAGAUACUUUUAUAUUUAUGCUUGGCAAAACCUCAUUUGUUUACACAGUCAUGUACUUACGAUUAUUUUUUUAAAAAAUGUUCUUAAAGUUUUACGAUAUUGUAUGAAUCUCAUUUCUCCAUUGAUGUCAUAUAUAUCUUGCUUACAAAGGAUAUUAAGAUAAUUUUGAUGCAUUAAUGCUUAAAAGUCGACAUCAUAUUAUCUUGUAGCUGUGUUCACGUACAUGUAGAGUUGAUAUCAAAUUAAGGACGGAAUUUUUGCAAUAUUUUGUGUAUUUGUCCUUUUAUACAUCAAUCUUUCUAGCUGCAUGUCUAGAUUAAUUCAGAUUUUUUUUUUCAAGCAUAUAAAUCUUUAAAACAUUGAACAGCAAGUUACAUGUAUAUGCCUUUACGUGUUCUCUCAUAAUCUCUCUCAGUAUAUGACAAUAUUUAUGUAGCGUUAAAAAUCAAAAAUAUUAAAACUGUAGCCAUAAAAAAACUGCCAUGCAACAAAAUGUGGUAUCAACAUGAUAUCGCAUUAAGAAUUCAAUGCGAUACGAUACAUUUGUAAUGUUUGGAAACUGCAUUUUAGACUUGUUAAAAAAAUCACGGUCACAUUAGCAUAUUAUCAUCAUGCGUUCAUGGUUGUAACAUAUGCAUGAUGGUAAUCAAUUUAUGUCAGAUUCAACGGAACACACAUUAGCUAAAUCAUUCCCUGAUACUGAUCUAACACUUUUUAUUUUGCAUCUUAAAAAUGAUUAAUUUUUAGAUCACCUGAGCUGAAAGCUCAAGUGAGCUAUUCUGAUCACAUUUUGUCUGUCGUCCGUCUGUCUGUCCGUCUGUCUGUAAACUUUUCACAUUUUCAACAUCUUUUCAAGAACCACUGGGCCAAUUUCAACCAAACGUGGCACAAAGCAUCCUUAGCCUAAGGGGAUUCAAAGUUGUGAAAAUUAAGGACCACGCCCUUUUAUAAGGACCACGCCCUUUUGCAAAGGGAGAUAAUUAGGAAUUUAUGAAAAUUUUCGAGAAAUUUUCAAAAAUCUUCUUCUCAUGAACCAUAAGACCAGGAAAGCUGAAACUUGUGUGAAAGCAUCAUCAGGUAGUGUAGAUUCAAAGUUGUGAAAAUCAUGACCUCCGGUGGUAGGGUGGGGCCACAAUGGGGGGGGGGGGGUCGAAGUUUAACAUGAAUAUAUAGAGUAAAUCUUUAAAAAUCUUCUUCUUAGAAACUAAUCAGCCAGCAAAACUGAAACUUGUGUGAUAGCAUCCUCAGGUAGUGUAGAUUCAAAGUUGUGAAAAUCGUGACCCUCGGGGGUAGGAUGGGGCCACAAUGGGGGGGGGGGAUCGAAAGUUUACAUAGGAAUAUACAGAGAAAAAUCUGAGAAAAUUUUCUUCUCAUGAACCAUAAGACCAGGAAAGCUGAAACAUGUGUGGAAGCAUCCUCAGGUAGUGUAGAUUCCAUGUUGUGAAAAUCGUUACCCCGGGGGGUAGGAUGGGGCCACAAUGGGGGGAGGGGUCGAAGUUUUCCAUAGGAAUAUAUAGAGUAAAUCUUCAAAAAUCUUCUUCUCAGAAACUAAUCAGCCAGGAAAGCUGAAACUUGUGUGGAAGCAUCCUCAGGUAGUGUAGAUUCCAAGUUGUGAAAAUCAUGAUCCCCAGGGGUAGGUUGGGGCCACAAUGGGGGGUUAAAUUUUAACAAAGGAAUAUAUAGAGUAAAUCUUUAAAAAUCUUCUUCUCAGAAACUAAUCAGCCAGAUGAUUCUUUAUAAUUGUUAAGACUUUGGCCCCAGGACAAUUCUUUGGCCUCACAAGAAGGUUCAGAGUUUGAUGUAGGUUUAUAUCCCAUAAAUAAACUAUUGUUAAGGAUCUUUUUGAGAACUGCAAUGCUCAACAUAUGAUAUGACUAUAAAAUCAUCCUGUUAGAAAAUGGACUAAUGAUUAUAAACAUAAGAAUAUCUAGGGGGAAAAUGAAUAAAUUUUAAUUUUAAAUAAAUUAAAAAAAAAUAAAUUUUAUUUAUACAGGAUCUACAUGUAUUAUUGUACAUUGUCCAGAUAGUUUGUAUUAUGACUCCAUUAAGCUGAUUUUAUCAUACCUGCUGUUCCUCAUGUGAGCGAUGUGGCCCAUGGGUCUCUUGUUAAAGAUUUCUGUUGAUAUGUUAACAGAAUCAUCAUUUGUCAUUAAAUUAUUCAAAUUCAAAUUUCAGUUGCAGAGAACUCCACUAGCCUCUAAGAGUAUAGUGCGAUCUUUUCGUUUAAAACGCAUCAAUAGUCAUAACUAACACAGAUAAACACAGCACAUUUAAUUUCAUUAUUUAUUAGAUACAAACACGUGACAACAACUGGAGGUUCUUUAUCCCACAACAGGAGAGUGUACCUCAGCAAACCUAGAUAUGAAAUAAUAAAGAUGUGUAAAUA